AUGGUUUCGGAAUUAGAACCGAUUCCGAUCACUAGCGGUACAAUAGUCGGUGCUCCGUUCGGUGGAUACGCUCCAUUUGGGCAUCCACCGUCAGCCGUGUUGCCACCACCGAGACAUGCCGCCUUCUAUCCGCAACCGAUUCUUUACUGGGGCUACCCAAGCCCACCAGUCUCACCGACCACGUACUACAGCACGGCACCGCCGCCCGGUGCACCGCAUCAUCUCGGACCGGCAGCUCAUCAAACGGCACCACCAGGCAUGCCGACCCACAGUCACGCACAACCGACGAUGCUUGCACUGAGCCCCGAUCAGCGCAAUCAACCUCAGCACCAACGUAAUGCCAAUAAUCCGUCAGUUUCACUCGUUACAACCUUACCACCGAGAUCAUCGGUCGGUACAGCCGGAUCAUCCAGUGGCGAAUCGUCCACAUCACAAUCCUCUUCACCGCCACUACUUUCACCCACCGGUGGAUGUUCCAGUUCCGGCUCGGUCACGAGUUCCUCUUCGGGAACGUCCCAACGGCAUCAUGGUGGAACGUCGACGAUUCGAACGUCCUCCUCACCACCACAACCAACGUCGGCAUCGCUGCUUAGUUUACCGCUUGCCGCUGGUUCCUCCUCACAGCCGCUCGCUAUCCCCACGGUCACAACACCAACCGGUGGGCUGGCCGGAGCAUAUCCCGGUUCGCAGCUUUCACCGAUAAUCCCACCACCGUCGGUACACUUUCCACCCCACCAUGCACCACUGAUGGGUACGGCUAGUCCACCGGGAACAACCGGCACAACGUUCUACGAGUCCCCCCUUCCUCAUCUACCACAUCAUCCCACCCAUCAUCAUCCACACCACCACCAUCAUCAUCCACAUCCACUUACGCACCAUCAUCACGAUAAACUGGUGGCCACUGCUCCAAGCAUCCUGACACCGUCGCUUAUCCCGAAUCAAUAUGUCGAGCUGUUUAUAGUUUAG